AUUUCAUCUUGAUAAACUUCAUGAUUUAAUCAAAAAAGUAAAAAAGGAUAAGUGGGAAGAAACUUUUGAAGCACCAUUUAUUUCUGAUACACUUAAAAAAGUUACUAAAUUUUAUGUGGAAUCAGAUAUUAAGAAAGAUGUGGGCAAGUUACUUAAGGAAUUUAAAAAAAUAAAAACUGAAGAAGAGAUAAUCCAAGAACUUAAUGAACAUUUAAAUGACGCAUCUAUAAAUAAGCUACUUGAAAUUAAGAAA